AUGGAGUCAGCUUUGUAUUUAUUUCUGCAAGAAGCAACACAAGAGCUUUUGUACAAUAUUGUUUAUGAUGUGUGCAAGGUAAGAAACAAUGAUGAAGGAAUUGAAUAUCGCAAACUGAGUGAAACAUUUCAGGAAGAAUUUGGCAAUCGACCUAUGGAUUUCUUCGACAUUUACGCAAUAAAAGGUUGGAAAAUGUUUAUAGAGUCGUCGCCUGGACUGCGUAUUUUUGAAGACCAAGUAUCGAUCGUUGAAGACGAAAAUGGUAUGUCUAAUGCGUACGAGAAAUAUAACAAAACCAAAAUACAUCUUACGGACGAAACGUUUAACAUCACUGUCGCAAAGUAUCGCCAAAUUCUCAUCCAGAAAGCUUGCAAAUUAAUUAGCACUCAUGGUGUCGCCGAUGUACACGGAAAUACUCCUUUACAUUUCAUCGCUGCUCUACCGAGUAUCGACCACCAACCGUCACUGGUAAAGCACUUAUUAGAUGCCGGUUUUGAGCCACUGAGAAAAAAUAACAGUGGUCAAACUAUACUUCACAUAAUCGCCGGUAGAAUGGAAGCGAACGUUUGUAAAAACGAAGAAAAUGGUGUUAAUAUAGAUUGGGAAUCAUUUGGAAAGAGCACAUUUCACCCAAGUGGAUGGCCUGCUAAUGAUAGAACAGCCCUUCUGAAACUUAUCGCCUCAGAGUUAUCGCACAGAGAGCUCACUGUAUUAGCAAAUACACCGAACAGAGAUGGAAACACAGCGAUGCAUGAGUGGGUCAUCUCUUUAUCAACCAUAAAUCCUCGUGGCUUACAACUUGGCUUUGAAGUGGCAGAAAGAGAAAUUGGCCUGCAAUUAUUGUCUUUCGGGGUGAACCUACGUCAACAGAAUAACUCGGGAGAAAUACCACUUCAUUUUGCGUACAAUUCAGAAAUAUUUCGGUUCCUACUUGAAAACAGCAAGCAGGAAAGUGUGGCUUGUUGUCGAACCAGAAACGAACGCGAGGAAACCCCGCUGUUGUGCAUCUUAAAUUACGCAACAAGUUUUGUAUCGAACUCCACUGAAGAAGAGAGGAAUAUGACAGCCUUGUUCCUACUGCAACAAUUAACGGAACUUGUUACGAAAAAUGAACACGUUUGCAAGACAGCGUGGAUGCCUGAUGAAAAUGGUAAGUCCGCUGUUGACAUUAUACUGAGUACUCUACGAAAUACACCACACAGCACGCCGGAACCUGGUACAAUUCUUACACAAUUUUUCGCGCUAUUUCGUUCAUCGUCUCAGGAAAAAGAUGCAACAUUUUCUGAACUUCGUAAACAUUUGAUUUCAUUACUUGAAAAAAGCCUUUCCGUUGCAAAUGAAUACGACAUAAACCGACGGAGUCUCCUACAUGUAUUAAUUGAGCUUGGCGAUGAGGAACUGCUUCAAAGCCUUGAACUACUUUUGAAAAACGGGGCUGAAGUAAACGCAGUUGAUUCAAAAGGUCGUACUCCAUUGGAUGUGAUCAAGGAAAACAAGUCCAAAAUGCCUUCGGCUAAUUCUUUCUUCACUAAAUGCGAAAAAAAGCUUCUACAUUAUGUAGCAAAGAGAGGAACUUCCUUGAAUUCUUCUGUGGACCAAAGGCAAAGAACGUCAGGACCAAAUAUCGACAGCAAAGUGCGCAAAAUAUUGAACUGCCCAAAGAAACACUCAAAUAGUGCACAACUCCUAAUUAAAAACAACGACAAAGUCACUGUGGUAGAUGGAAAAUAUCGUUAUUCCCGUCAAGAUCCGAUUGGUUCGGGCGCAUUCAGCUCAAUCUUUGUCGCUGUGAAAGAUGAAAACGAGGAUAACAAAUCUGGUACGAUUAGCUGUCGCGCUUACGCUUUGAAGCGAAUAGAGAAAGCAAAAAUGAAUGAAGGCGAGUUCAGACGCGAAAUUAGGGUCUUGCUUUCCAUAUCUGGCGAGUGUGAGAAUAAUAUCAUCAAAUAUCACGAAUCUUUUGAAGAUCCUUUCUUUCAUUACAUUUGUCUAGAUCUCAUGGACGGUGAUCUUCAUGAGUUUGUCAAGAAUAACUAUGUCAAUAAAGUUCUGAAGAAUCCAGCAAUACGUGUGCAAGUUAUAAAAGGGAUUAUAAAUGGCUUAGCUUUCUUACACGAGCGGAAAUUUGUCCAUCGCGAUCUUAAACCUGAAAACAUCUUGUACACAACAAAUCCUGCUUUGAUUUUCAAGAUCACCGACUUCGGUUUGACGAAGAAUAUUUCCUCUUUAUCCACGAUGACGUUAACCCGAGGGAGUUGUGUUGCCAUGGCACCGGGUACGCGACGUUGGAUGGCGCCAGAGCUGGUGAGAUUUGAAUCAAAAGAGCACACCCAAGAGUCAGAUAUCUUUUCCUUGGGAUUAGUUCUUCAUUAUCUUCUCACUCUGGGAAAGCAUCCUUUUGAAAUGGGAACUGAAGAACCAGCUCACGUUAUUGAGACAAGGAUUGAAAAAGCGCAAAUUCAGAUCGACCAAGCACUUCAUCCCGAAGCCAAAAAUUUCCUUGGGACGCUUUUAAGAAACAAUACUUCCGAGCGUCCGCCAGCAAAAAGCCUUAACCAGCAUCCUUUUCUGUGGAGCGAUACAAAAAAGAUCGAGUUUCUUAUAGCGGUUGGUAGCCAGCCAGAAGCUGCCAGUCCAACCAGUUAUCCUGACUCGCCAGUGCCGCAACUUUUGCAAGCAACAACCAUCGGGCAGUUGGUUGAGGAUGUACCUUGGGAUCAGGUUAUCAAGGAUCUGUUUGCAGAAAUGACUGCAGCUCGGAAACACGGCAAGUAUAGAACUGGCAAAGUAAUUGAUUUGUUGAGAUUUAUCAGAAAUGCAUACGCCCACAAGCAAGAGAGGUCGCCAGCGGUACAAGCUGUUCUUAACAGAAAUGCUUUCCUUCACAUAUACCCUUCUCUUGUUCUCGACGUCAUUGUUGUGGUACAAAAACUGGGUUUCGAUAAAAGCCGCAGCAAUAUUCAACAAGCAAUUGGGUUCUUUUUGGAGUAA